CGCCAAAGAAGGAGGCGAAGAAGAAGGAGGAGAAGAAGGAGGAGCCGCCCCCUCAAGAGCCCAAAGAUGAAGCACCGGUGGAUGACGAGCCCCCCAAGGCCGACGAACCCGAAGGGCUUUUCCUCAGCAAACCCCAAAACGUCAUGGUGGAGAGCGGGAAGGACGUGACGGUGUCAGCUCGUGUUGCCGGGGCGGCACUUCCGGUCAAACCCGUGGUCAAGUGGUUCAAAGGGAAAUGGGCGGAAAUGAACGACAAGACGGCCCGGUGCCGCCUCAGGCAGAGCGUCGACAACGACAAGGUGAGAGCGACAGCGCCACCUAGGGGGAGUCCUCCGACAUAGAGUUACA